AAAGGGGAUUUUUGCUGUAUCUUGGCUCAGAUGGUGGUGCUCAGCACUGGUUAGUUGGUCCAGAUGUCGGAGGACCAGCGGCACCCACGGGCUGAAGCCUCCCGUCGGGGGGAGGGCAGUCUGGAGGCAGGGGAGGGCGACACUGAGCCCAGCAUGCUCCUACAGAAACUCAAGAACAACAUCUCUAAGAGUGUUCAGACCAAAGUGGAUCAGAUCCUGCAAGACGUUCAGCGUUUCUCUGACAAUGACAAGCUGUACCUGUACCUCCAGCUGCCCUCUGGACCCAGCUCUGGAGACAAGAGUGGUGGUGACUCCAGCUCCUUCAACACUGCCGACCAGCUUCACACCUGUAAUUGGAUCCGCAGUCACCUGGAAGAACACUCAGACACCUGCCUGCCCAAACAGGACGUCUAUGAGACAUACAAGAGAUACUGCGAGAACCUGCAGCAUCGUCCUCUGAGCGCCGCCAACUUCGGGAAGAUCAUCAGAGACAUUUUCCCCAACAUCAAAGCCCGGCGGCUUGGAGGCAGAGGACAGUCCAAGUACUGUUACAGCGGCAUCAGGAGGAAGACAGUCCUCAACAUGCCUCUGUUGCCCAACCUGGACCUGAAGAAUGACCCGGCGGAGCUGACCGAGCUGGUCCAGACCUACAAACAGGAAGUGACAGAGGCGGCGUGCGAGCUGAUCUGUGAUUGGGCACAGAAGAUCCUGAAGCGUUCCUUCGACACGGUGGUGGAGAUCGCUCGUUACCUGAUCCAGGAGCAUAUUGUCAACCCUCGCUGCAGCCAGGCCGAGCUGGUCACCUCCGCAGCACUCGCAGGAGGUCCAGCCAAACCCCACAAGGUCAUCAAGAAGACGCCGGUCAUCUCUAAAGCUGAGGGUGAUGGAGCUGCAGAUCAGAAGAAGGAGCUCGGAGACUCGUCCACCUUGUCUUCACUGAAGCCGUCAUCUGGAGACAAAUCAUCAGCAGCCAAACCCUCCGCCCUGGACACUCCUCCUCCCUCUUCCUCCUCUUCCUCACUGCGCCCUGCGGUGGAGGCCUUCAUGAAGCAGUUACCCAGAAUCCUCCCUCGGAGCUCCAUCCCUGAUAAGACCCAGCUCUCGGUCCGCUCCUCUCCGCCCUCGCUGGCACCCAAAGACGCCUCAGGUGUCGGGGGGGCAUCUGGACCUGGAGGUCCGGCUGCAGCCGCUGCCGCUAGCGGGGGUGGGGUGAAGGUCAUUGCCAUGGCGACGCUGCCCCAGCAGCAGGGCGGGCCAGUCCCAUUGAUGAUCCUGCCUCAGAGCUGCCUGUCCUACGAGAGGGAGAAAGUGGUGCCACCUCCACCACCACCUCCUCCUCCUCAGCAGCAUCACGCCCCAGCAGCCCCCACCUCUGUGGUCCAGAAGGUACGAGGGAAUGCCAACAAGCGCCCCCUGGAGGUGGUGACAUCAGGUGGUGCAUCAGGUGUGUCCAGUGGCUCAGCUGCCAAUGCUCCUCCGGUGAAACGAAAACGUGGACGACCGAGAAAACCUAGGCCGGAGGACGCCUUGCCUGCUCCUCCACCUCCUGCUGCUGCUGCUCUUCCUCCUCCGCCCCCACCUCCUGCACCUCCUUCACACCCUCCCAUCAUCACCUCGCUGACCGGCGGUGUCAUCCAGAAAGCCUCUUCCUCCGCGUCCUCUUCCUCGCAGCCAGUACUGGAGCUGGUAAUUCAGGACCAGUCUGGGCUGGUUCUGAGUCAGCUGCCGGCGGUGUCAGAGCACCGCGGGGUGGUGGUGCAGUGUCAGACGAGCGGGGCAGCAGAACCAGACCGCCACAGCCGGCCGCUGCUGCUGCUCCAGAGUCCAGGGAACCCCAGCUGGGAGCUGGCUGCGUCAGGUCGGACCCCAAAGGUGGAGGUGAUCCAGAAAGCUCCGAGACCGAGCAAUAACAACAGCAGCACCACCCCUCCACCUGCAGCACACCUCCACCCUCCUCCUCCUCCUGUUCCCCUGCCCACAGUGCAUGAGGAGCGGGGGGAGGUGGAGAUUACGCUGACGCCAAUGGAGCUGUACAUCAACCCACUGAUGCCUCCUUCCACCUCCAUCUCUUCCUCUUCUUCUGCUGCUCCUGCCCCCUCCUCCUCCACCUCCUCCACCACAGUGGUGAUGAGUGAGGAGGAGGAUGGGGGAGAGGGCAGCAGCACCUCCUCAAAGAGAGAGGGACACUAGCUCUCAUCACUCUUCUUCCUCCUUUGUCUUUUUUAUCAGCCCUCCACCCUCACUCAGCUUUUACCUCACCUGCAACACAGCCCCGCCCCCUUACCUCUCCUCUUCCUAAUUGGUGGAAAUCCCAGAUUGGUGACAGCAGAGAGCCAAUCAAGGAGGAUAAAUGAAGCCAAAACCUCGACACGCUGUCCUUCCACUGACUCCCAUUGCACUUGUAAACAGACUGGAUGCUGUUAGAAACCUGUGAUACUUUAACUGCAUGUCUGUCUGUCUGUCUGUCUGUCUGUCUGUCUGUCAACUGUGGCUGAAACCAGGACAACCACUGCUCAGGUGGAAGAGCCUGAAAUCAUACCUUCCUCUUUUACCUGGCUUUCUUUCUUCCUUGCCUCCUUACCUCCGCAUUCUCCUCCCAUUCUCUGUGCUGGGGUUUGGUCGUCUGCUUCCACUGCUUCAGAUCGAUCGAUUUGUAGAAAAAAAAAAGGACAUAUAAAAGAAAAGAUGUAAAGGAAGGAGGAAAGGUGAAAGAUAAGAGUAAGAGGGGAAGGAGGUGUGUAGACGGAGUUCAGCCUGAAGUCGAUAGAUACAGUAGGUACUACGGGUCAGAGCCUUGAGAAGGUUCUUUGUGCUAAAUAUGAAAGAAAUGACCUCUUUAACAGAGCUUGUCCUCGGUUCACCUUCAGUCCAGCUCAUAGAAAUACUGGAGGAAAAAGAUUUGAGGAUGUGAAGCAGCUGCUGAAGAGUGACUUUUUGACUGAAUGUGAAUCGAAGCUCAGCUCUGCUCUCCUUUUUAAAGAGCUCCUCUGUUUUAAACAGCUUGGGUUAGUUGUGUUGUUAUUAGUGUUGGUUUAGUAGAUCUCUCUCUCUCUCUCUAUCUCUCUCUGUCUCUCUGUCUCUCUCUCUCUCUCUCUCUCUAUCUCUCUCUGUCUCUCUGUCUGUCUCUCUCUCUCUCUCUCUCUCUCUCUCUCUCUCUCUCUCUCUGUGUGUCUCAUAAUUACCCAACACCCAAAAAUGGUGUAAAAUGAGCCAUUACAUAUGAAAUUAGGGAUAGUUUUUAAUAAUUUAUUAUUUCACGUUAUUUAUCAGAAGCACCUGCAGGUCAACAAUGGUAUCACAUCAUUUGGUCUUAAAUUAAUUUCAUAAAAUUUAAAUGACUUUAAUGAGAAGAUUUUAUUUUAAUAAAUUAAAAAAGGCACAAAAACACCUCAUGUCGGUGACGGGUCUGUGGCGGGCGGUGGCCACUUUUGUUGUAGAGUUGAAGGCUUUCCGUUUCGUGCCUGUGAUCGUCAGGGUUGGGUUUUAUUUAAAUUAGCUGUAACGAGUUGAUUCAUUGUUUAAGUCAUUUUCAAGCAUCAGUUCCUAAUAUUUAAAGGAUCCAGGUCCAGACGCACAAAUUAUAUAAUGGUUUAAGUCGAACAAAACUAGACAUUUAAUGACUUUUUAAAAAUAGUUUUCUGAUGUUUAAUAGACCAAACGGUUAUUAAAGAGAUAAUGAGCAGAUCAAUUGACAGUGGUUUUGAAUCUUUCACUGAUUUAAAUGACAAGUAUCACAAGCAGCAGAUGAUACUAACUGUAGGCCAAGGAAGAUUCAGCGGCUUUGUCUCAUUCUCUGUGAGAGUUAGAUGUUCAGACUGAUACCACUUUACGUCUGUACAGCUGGUUAGCUUAGUUUAGCAUAUUGCCCAGCUGGUCACAAAAUCCACCUCCCAGCUCCUCUAAAGUUCACUGAUGAACCUGUUGUAUUUUAUUUGUUUGUUUGAAAUAGUCCCACACACUAGUGCUGCAACCAAUGAUCACUUUCAGUAUCAAUUUAUCUGCUCAUUCAUCGAUUUUCAAAAUAUUUGCAGAUUAAUGAUUGACUCAUCAUUGUAGCUUUACACACAUCUCCUGUAAAACAACUUUUGACAUUUCAGUUUCCAUGUGCAUUAAACAAACAUUUAAAUAUAUGUUGUCCGUCAGUGCUGGAGAAUAUAACUGUCGCACAUGACCUUCAUGUAAAGAAAGCUGGAGUUUUCAAGUGUUAAAUUUGGUCUAAGUUCAAUUGAUUUACUGUAAAUCUAGAAAACAAGAUAAUACAUUUUGACAGGAAGUUCUAAAGAGUGUACUAGAGAAAGUACUAAAGAGGUACUGAGAUGUGAUACCCAGCCCUUACGACCACAGCGGGACUCGACAGUGUUUUUUCGUUUGAAGUCUAAUCACUCUUUUACCCUGAGAGUGAGACGCCAAACAUGUAAGACUGAUGUUAGCACUUAAUUUGCCACAAAAUGCCCCCCACGUCUUCAUUCACCCCCCAGCUGAGCGCGCUGGGAUAAACAGUUUGGUGUAAUGUGCUCGUCUCGUUGCAGCCUCCGUAAACGGAAACAGAAGUUUGAAAUUUGUCCUUUCCUGUUGAAGACAAAGGCUUCAGCUCAGGCACAGAGAGCAAAGCACAAAGUUAGUUGCCACGUGUUCACAAUGGGCUUCUGUAGCACUCAAGUUUUAGCCUACAUAAUUAGCCUGCUUAGCUAUUGUUGUACGUUGCCAUGCGCCCUUUGCACUAACUUCCUGAUCACUGUCUGGAUCAGCAAUGUGACAUGACCAUUCAGAGGUCCUGCUGUUCUUUCUGGUUCCUGUCAUUGACACGAGCUGUGAAACAACAGAAAAUCCCAUUUGACUGUAAAAUGUAAGAAAAUGGUGACAUCUUCACAGUCCAAAACAACAAUAUCACGUAAUUCUCACCAUUGAAAAGUUGAUAUUUGGUCAUUUUUGGUAUUUUUGCUGCAAAAUGAACUAAAACAGUCUAUUAUCCAAAUAAUUUUCUGUCAGUCGACUGAUCAUUUUAGCUCUGGACGAACUACCAUUAAUUUAAGUAGAAUUUAAGAAGAAGCAAGAAUAUUAACAUCUUGUGACGACCAGGAACAUGUUGGAAAUUGUUUCAUGUUCAAACUUAAAACUAUGUCAUAUUGCUGAUGUUUGUUCUUCGCCUCUGCCAAACUGCCUCUCACUCUGCGUGGGGGCAUCUUCUUCAUUGUUGGUGCUACAAACCGCAGGCCUUGGUGUUGCCGUCUGUCCUUGCAGUUUUCCAUUCUGUCAUCAAAUUUUUACAAAAAAACCCUUUUUGUCGAGGUAUGAAUACAGCUGUGUGUGUGUCCUUGUUUCCCUCUCCGUCCUGUGACAACGAGAGCUUCAGGUCAGUUAAAGGGACGCCGAAAACUUUUGACUGUUAAAAUCAUACUUGUUGCAUGAUGGGAAAGUGAGUUUCAACACUUGUCCUUUGCCAUGAAGUGAGUGUAGUCUAGCUUAGAUGCUUGCUACUACAGCACUCCCAAUAAUUUAUAAUUAACAGGAGCACUGAUGAUGGUAAUAUGUAAUUUUCUAUCACUAAAGUGAAGUGCCAGUAUGUAAACUUUUUUCCACAAGGUGGAGAAAUGCCUCGACUAAAAUGUCUCGGUCUCCCUUUAGGUGAGCCCCAGCCCUUUUCAGACAGAACUGAAACAAAUGAAAAGUUGCACUGUUAAAAAGUUAAAACAAGAAAGUCCUUGUAUGUUAUGAAUUUAUUGUUAUAUGCAUUGAGAAAAUACAUUGAGUAUUUAUGAGUGAUGUAAUGUUCUGCUUUAUGCUUGCACUCAGCUAGAGACCGACCACGCAGUGUCGGCUUUAUUUUUUAUUGCAAGAAUUUGGUCAAAAUAAUGCUUCUCUUUUAAACUGUUCAGUAGAGAGUUUAGUAGAAUAAAGAGGGAAAUACAUUCUGUUAUAUUAAAGUUGCAGUAAAUGGAGAGCAAAACCAGACAGAUGGUUUAAAGCAACAUUUCACUUGAUCAGUGAUGUUGCUUGAAUUGAACUUAAUUGUAUGACAUGUAUUCUGAUGACAAAAUCUGACUCAUGACUUCACUUGGACCUGAUAUCCUCCAAAAAAAAACCCCAAAGAUUUAAAUGUAGGUGUGCAACCAGUCAAUGACAUUGAAUAUCACAUUGCACAAGCAGGAUCGAAAGGUGUAAUUGUCAGAUCUGCAGGCAAAUAACAGGAUGUUUAGGACUUGACACACAAGGAUUAGGACUUGGAGUUUACUUGGGGUCUUGACUUUCAACAACUUAAUGGUCUUUACUCUGGACUAAACUAAUAUCUAGUUCAUGUUGACUUGGGAAGACUCGAGAUUUGUUGUUGUUGUUGACUUGGGAAUUGACUUGUACUGUUGCUCUUUAGUUGGGAUUUGUUGGUUGUGACUUGGGACGUUGGAAGGGACUUGUUCUUAACUUCUUGGAUAAUAUGACAAGAACUGUGUUUGAACUUGACUUAGGACUUGGUCUUGAUUUAGUACUUGUUUUUGACUUUGGGCUUGUUAGUUUUGACUUUGGGCUUGUUGGUUUUGGCUCAGGACUUUACUCGGAACUGUUCUUGACUUGGGACUUGUUGGUCUUGAUUUACUACUGUUGACUUGGUACUUGUUAGUGUUGACUUGGGACUCGUAGGUCUUGACCUGGGACUUGUUGAUCUACACUUGUUGAUGUGUGAUUGUCAGUUUCAGAAAGAACAUCCAAUUAUAACUUCCUUUAAAAGAUUCUGAGGCCUUGAUUCGUCUUCAAUUCUGUAGUGUCCAAUAAAUGAGCGCAACUCAUUGGACAAAGUUACCUGUUGGGCUGUUCAACAAGUUGCUGUCAUUAGCUGGAGAUCUAAUUUUACUGUCUUCACUUAAUGACUGGGUUCAUAAUUUCAAACUGUCAAACUGAUUUCGUAAAGCCCCAUCAGAGGUCUGCAAUUUCAUUCAACUGAAGUAUAAGACUAACAAUAUUUAUCCAGAAAGCAGAUCAGAUGUAUCCCAGAGCCAGCAUCAGUGAAAUGUUGCUUUGAACGUCUUGUUGGGAAUCUGCUGUCAAUGUUCGGAGUGACACCUGAGGUGACACACCAGCUGUGUUCCCUCUGCAGGACCUACUGGGCUAAACUUGGCAAACUGGACAUAUGAAAUAAGUUUUGUCAGGAGCUCAAGAAAGGGUUCAGCGCAAGUCAGUGAUGGAGGAUGUCUCAGUUUGGAACAGUUUGGACCACUAACAGCCAGCUGGACAUGCAGUGUUUCCUGUGGACACUGGUUGAAUGUUUGAAAAUGGACUUGAAGUCCAGCAGCUCCGUGGAAAUCUGCAUCUAAAAGCAGUUCAAAAAUUAGUUCAGCUUAGGUCAAAUGGGAUGAAACCCUGGUUUUGCCCACUUUGGUUCUUUAACUGGGUGAACUAGGCUACUGAACAUAUACAGUUUCCUUUAAUAAUUGUAAAUGUUUGGAAGGAGCAUGAAAAAUGAGCAGCACUGUGGAAUUUAAGACCUAACAGAAAUCAGAGAAAUGGCUCAGGGAAAGUCAGAGAUAGGACUUUGGUCACCUAACUGGCCUGACUGGGGAAAACUGCAUCAGCUGCAAUGUAAAAGUCAAGUUCAAGUUUGAGAAAUGGCUUAGAGGAAGUCCAUGAGAACAAUAAGCCCAAGUUUGGCUCUUUGGACCUGUGUCUGAAAGACUGGCAUCACUCUGGAAGUCACUUUCCGGAGUGGCUGUGGCUGUCAGGAUCUUAAAGGAGUUGAGAAAUAUUUCACAACAAGUCAGUGAAGACAAGAAAACUUAAUUUUUGCUCAGUUUGGCCCUGCACUGGGAACGUCGGUUUGAAGGUGGUGGUGCUUGUUGGAAUCUUUCACUGUGGAGCCAUGUCGCUCAAAAAGAAAACAAGAAAACAAAAACAGACACGGGUCAGAUAAUCAAAGAUAAAAGGAUCGGGAUUCGGGUAGCAGUGCAUUGACCUUAGAGGAUCGGACUCAAAGACGCAACGUCCUCUGAUGUCACUUCCUGUACUGGAUCUGUUUGUGAUACAUCAUUUUUAACUUCACAUUUUUGCUAAAUUAAUUUUGUAGUCACUUCGUCUGAUCUCAUGUCAUUAUUAUUUCACAAAUGUUCCAACAUUCACCAGGUUUUAUUGAUGUUAAAAUGACGCACAGAGAGACAUUAAGUGUUGUCCAUUCACUUUUGAUUCAACCAGCACGAAACCAGACUCAUCAAAGAUUUUUUUAAUGGAACAGUUUAGUGAAGAUGUUUUUAUUCCCUAAAAACGGGUUCUCUCAGCCUGAAAACCUCAUGCAGGUUCACAGGAAGAAGACAAUUCUCAACACGUGGAUCAAGUGAUCUCUAAAGUUACAAAGUCAAAGGGAACUAGAUUUGUUGUUUUAUAUCUUUAAGACACAUCAACUCACCUUGGAGUCUCAGGGAUAGCUUCACAGUUUUUCAAGUCGGUCUUGGACAGAUCCCAUCCAAAUGUGUUUUCAAAGUGGUGGAGGACAAAAUCUACAGUCCUGGUUCUGUGAACAGAUUUAUUCAAAGGUUUAAGCAGAGUUUAUCUGAGGCUUCAGCAGUCUGAGUUUGAGACAAAUCACAUAGAUAGCUUCCAAAGUUGCAACCUUUUUAGUAUAAAAUUCCCUCUUUUUGUUUCCCUGUUGAGUUCUAAGGGAAGGAAGAUAGAUAACCACUUGAUUUGACUAAUUAGCUAACGUGAAGCCUAAAAUUAGCUCCAGAAAAAGACUUGAAUUCACAUUUAACAGAAAGACUGUGGAUUUUGUCCCCCGUCACUUACACUAAUGUAUAAGUUGUAAUGUUCAUUUGACACCUGACUCUUGUUUUAGGACAGACUUGAAAAAUAGUUACCUCGUCCUUUAAUAUCUUCUGGGUCAUCAUCCUCCGAGUGUCGUUAAAGUCACCUAGUCAUGUGAGAGUUAAUCAGUUAGUCAGAAUCCAAUUAAUCAGGUUGUGCUUUCAAACCAGUUCACAACUUCAUUAAUUGGACGUUACACGAAUGACUCGGCAGUGACAUCAACGUGUGAAUGACCCAGGAGAGGUGAAAGCAGUGUCUUCAAAAAAUAAAACAAGAAAUUCAGUUUACUGUUUUUUAUCAAAACUAAAUGUGAAAGGGAAGUAAAACUAAAUUAAAUUCACUUUAAAUUUACUUUAUUAUUAUUUUUAUUCUCACUGCAACAAAAAAAAUAUAAACGUGACGCAGAUGAAGUCUGAUGAGUGGACUGAAGGUGAGUCAGCAGUUUUAGUGACAAGAUGACGAGACGUUUGUACGAUGAGCUGAUCCUGGUCAAACACUGCAGUUAAUGUGGUGAUGGUGGUGGUGAACUCCCAGUCUAAGCUGGAAGUGGUCCUGUUUUCUGUCACAGACCCAGUCAGAGUUUUAUAAUUGAAUUCACUGGAGCAGUUUUUUCUUCUUCAGCUCAUGUUUUUGAGUCGACAAUAAAGGGAACUGUUUUUUUUCUCUUUCCCUGAGCAUUCCAGGCGCUGCUACCUCGCAGGCUCAGGAACUCUGGGUAGUGUAGUACAGUCCUCCAGACCAGUUUGGGGGUUAUGGUCCAGUUUUGUGUCCACAGACUCAUCAGUGAACCUGAGUGGGACUCUGACAUCAAACAGCAGCACUUGGAGCUUCAUGCUGUGAUUUUCUGUUCACUCUGAGACUAUUUCAAUCAACUUGUUUUGCUGUCAGUGUUGUUAUUAAUCCAGUAAGAGUUUUCUUUUUGUUAAUUUAUCUGUUUUGUUUCCUGUUGCCGUCUGUUGUUGCUCUUUCAUACAGUUGUACAACUUGUUGAUGUGCAGAUUUUAUUAUUAUUAUUCUUACUGUCGCUGUUGAGACUUUUUAAAUCUAUGUUUGCUUUGUGGGAGACGCAGCGGCUUCCUGCAUGGUUUUCCUGUGACUGUCUGUUUUUGUAUAUUAUUCACUUUAACAGUUUGGAGAAAUGUUAGUUUUUCUUCCCCUGUAACCUGCUGCCUGCUGGCUUUUUUUUUCUUUUCUUUUUUUUCUUUUUUGCACUUCACUCCUGAAAUUCUUCAUUGAAGUGGGAGGACGACAUCGGUCCAACCGUGAAAAGAAAAUGAACCGUCCCUCCUCUGCCCUUUGGUUUGGAUACCAAAUCAGUGAAAUGCACCUUUACUUUACCUAUGUGAGUUUGUUUUGUUUGUUUGUGUGUUUCUGCUGUUUGUUGUGACAGAGGACAGACUCAGAACAUUAAUGUGAAUCUAUUUUCCUACGCUGACUGACUGGAAUAAAGGAUGUGACGUUCACUGGCAGAAAACACUGA